UAUAUAUCAUAGAUAAGCAGAUAUAACGUGGACAUAUAGCAGAAACGUACAUAUGGUUGGGCUAAGUAUUUUGGUGUGCAUCUUUCUAAUGACCUUUGAACUUGGUCAAACUAGUGUGAUAGGUGAAACCGAGAAUACAGCACAGAUUCUAAAACUAUCCAAGAUGAUGGUAAAACUGGAGUCUGCAGUAAAAGAUAUACAAAACGACAACCGGAAGUUACAAAACGACAACAGACAGCUAAAGGAAGUCAUCGCAGAAUUGUCCAAUCGUUUGGAAAACGAGAUUCGACUUCGGGAACAACUGGAGAAGCGAGUUCGGAUAUGUGAGAUUUAUCAGAGGGAAGACGACGGAAAUGACGUAACUCUCCCCCAAUCCAGUCGGAACACUACGGCUAAGGGGAAACGAAUAAGUGGAAUUCGUUCCUCCAACGGAACCAUCGCAUUCUCUGCUUACUUGACCACCACUCUAUCCAGUCCUGGUAAUUUAAGGCCUCUCAUUUUUGAUGCCAUUUUCAUGAACGAAGGCAAUGGUUACAACCACCACAUGGGCGUGUUCACAGCUCCAAGAACUGGUCUGUAUGUCUUUACAUGGACCAUCCGGGCUAAUGGCGGGGCCUACUUUAAUACACAACUCCUUGUCAAUGGAUUGAUGUACGGGUCGAUGUACACAAGGGACUACUAUUAUUCCAAUUCAAACUCGGCCACGGCGGUCGUUCACGUUGCGGUGGGAAAUUCCGUUUACGUCAGAACCGGUCCUACAGGUAACAGUGGCCACAUCUUAAGCAAUUAUGAUGGGUAUUCCACAUUCUCUGGAUGGACAAUCGAUUGAAUGUUAUUUUGCAUGCAGUUCAAAUCAUUUAAAUAAAGUUACUUAUUUUGCA